CUGCAUACGGACUAAUAAAAUACCAAUUUUAUUUUAGUCUUAAAACAUCAGUUUCUGGGCUUAUGUUCUAUAAAGUGAUUGGGAUAUUUAUAUUUAUAUCUUAAGCUAAACAACUCCUUACAAUUUAAGAACUAACUAGGGAGAUUUUUAGUUAAAUGUGUCAAGCGGACGCAUUUUUAUAAGUAUUCAAUUAAAAAAAGUUAAAUAAGGCAAACGAAAUGGGGUGCGGAUCAUCAUCGUCAGCUGCAGCGCCGGAAGGACAACAACCACAGCAACAGCAACAACGGCAAGAACAACCACAAGAGCAGCAGAAACAACAAACAAAAUCGACCCCAGCAAAAAGUUCUUCAAACGAAGGUGUUGGGGAGUUUUUGAAAGAGGGACUUGAGGCUCAUAACAGAUUGAGACAACCACACCAAGCACCAACAAUGACUCUAGCCGAUGACCUGAACGUCUACGCACAGAAAUGGGCAGAUAACCUCGCCGCCCGCGACACAAUGGAACACAGCAAUUGUAAGCUGCCCUCAGGGGGAAGUGUCGGGGAAAACCUAUACAUGUGCUGGUCCAGUGAUCCCAAAGCCGGAGUCAAAGCGUCAGACGCCGUUCAGUCAUGGUAUGAUGAAAUCAAGGACUACGACUUCAGCAAACCUGAUUUUGCGAUGGACACAGGUCACUUCACCCAGGUUGUUUGGAAAGGCUCCACCGAGCUGGGCAUGGCCUGGGCUAAGGCUAAGGGCGGAUCCAUCUACGUCGUGGCCUCUUACAGGCCAGCGGGAAACAUGAUGGGAGAUUUUGAAAACCACGUGCUUCCAAAAUAAUUAUGAGACCUUGGAAUUUAAUCGUUAGAAAAAUAAGCACACAUAUUAAAGCUGCACUC